CCCGCUCCUGGCUCGGCCCCACACGCCCGCUGUCUUCGGGCUCCCGAUGUCGGCGCCCCCCUUCUCGAGGGCGGCGUGUCGCGGGGCUCCCGGGCCCCCGGCAGCCGCCCCGGCCCGGUGCGAGAGCCGCCACCGCCGCCGCCCCUGGGGCGCCCGGCCGCGAGCCGGGUAAUCAUUGAAUAAAAUCAUGGCAACUGCCAGUAAUGAGGCACAUCAUGCUCUAGAUCCUGGAAUCUCUAAGCUGCAGUUUGCUCCCUUCAGUAGUGCCUUAGAUGCAGGAUUCUGGCAUGAACUAACCCAGAAGAAACUCAAUGAGUACCGAUUGGAUGAGACUCCAAAGGUUAUCAAGGGAUACUACUAUAAUGGUGAUCCUUUGGGUUUGCCAGCUCGCCUGACAUUGGAGUUUAGUGCCUUUGAUAUGAAUGCUUCAAUACCAGCACGUUGCUGUCCUGCUUUUGGAACGUUAUAUAAUACCAACACUUUUGAGACUUUCAAGUCCUGUGAUAAGAAGUCACUUCUGGAAAAAGAAGCAAAUGAGAUAUGGGAAUCAAUAAAAUCUGGGGCUGCUCUUGAAAACCCCAUGCUCUUGAACAGGUUCCUGCUGCUGACAUUCGCAGAUUUAAAAAAGUACCAUUUCUAUUACUGGUUUUGCUACCCAGCUCUCUGCUUCCCAGAUGGAAUAUGUAUCAUUCAGAAACCAGUGUGUCUGGGUGACAGAUUCCCUUUAAAUCAGAUUCAAGCACUUCAGAAAGCAUAUGAUGAACUUUGCCAGGCAGAAGGGGUUACAGCAUUGCCUUAUUUUUUAAUUAAGUAUCAUGACAAUUCUGUGGCGAUAACUCUGCUCAAAAAGUGGGAUGGUUUCUUCCAAGAGCAAGGGGAAAAGGUGACAGUUGGAGUUUAUGAUCCAUGUAAUUUAACUCACUAUCCAGGAUGGCCUUUGAGAAAUUUCCUGGUCCUGGCAGCCCACAAAUGGGGCAGCAGUCUCCAGUCAGUUGAAGUACUCUGUUUCAGAGACAGGACCAUGCAAGGAGUGAGAGACAUAACACACAGUAUUAUCUUUGAAAUAAAGCUUCCACAGAGAGCCCUUGGCCCAGAUUGUCCAAAGGCUGUUGGAUGGGAGAAGAAUCAAAAGGGAGGCAUGGGUCCAAGGAUGGUGAAUCUCAGUGAGUGUAUGGAUCCAAAAAGGUUAGCAGAGUCAUCAGUGGAUCUUAAUUUGAAAUUGAUGUGCUGGCGGUUGGUCCCUACUCUUGAUCUGGAGAAAAUUGUGUCUGCCAAGUGUCUGCUGCUAGGAGCUGGUACUUUGGGUUGUAGCGUUGCAAGGACCUUGGUGGGUUGGGGAGUCAGGAAGAUUACAUUUGUGGACAAUGCGAAGAUCUCCUACUCCAACCCUGUACGACAGCCACUGUAUGAGUUUGAAGACUGUCUUAGCGGUGGGAAGCCUAAGGCACUUGCAGCAGCAGACAGGCUGCAGAAGAUCUUCCCGGGAGUGAAUUCAGAAGGAUAUAACAUGAGCAUCCCUAUGCCAGGCCACCCAGUGAAUUUUUCUGAAGUAACGAUGGCACAGGCUCAGAAGGAUGUGGCUAAACUUGAACAGCUUAUUGAUGCUCAUGAUGUUGUUUUCCUACUAAUGGACACUAGAGAGAGUCGAUGGCUUCCUGCUGUCAUUGCAGCCAGCAAGAGGAAGCUGGUCAUCAAUGCUGCAUUGGGAUUUGACACAUUUGUUGUUAUGAGACAUGGACUAAAGAAACCAAAACAGCAAGAAUCUGGUGAUUCAUAUUUCAGCAAUGCCUCUGGUUCAUCUGAUCUUCUGGGAUCUUCACUUUUUUCAAAUAUCCCUGGCUAUAAACUGGGUUGCUACUUCUGCAAUGAUGUUGUGGCACCAGGGGAUUCCACCAGAGAUCGGACAUUGGACCAGCAGUGUACAGUCAGUCGACCUGGAUUAGCCAUGAUAGCUGGAGCUCUUGCAGUGGAAUUAAUGGUUUCUGUUUUGCAGCAUCCAGAAGGUGGUUAUGCUGUGGCCAGCAGUAGUGAUGACAGAAUGAAUGAACCACCUACUUCUCUUGGACUUGUCCCUCAUCAGAUACGUGGUUUUUUAUCAAGAUUUGAUAAUGUUCUUCCAGUCAGCCUGGCAUUUGAUAAGUGCACAGCCUGUUCACCCAAAGUCCUUGACCAAUAUGAACGAGACGGGUUUAAUUUCCUAGCUAAAGUUUUUAAUUCCUCACAUUCCUUCUUAGAAGAUUUGACGGGUCUAACUUUAUUACACCAGGAGACCCAGGCUGCUGAGUUGUUCAGAUCUCAUGAGGAUUUGAAUUUGGACAGAAGUUCUCAUUGACUCUGUAAAGAUCUGGGACAUGAGCGAUGAUGAAACAGUCUGAAAGCCAGCUGAACAAGGGGGAAGAUGACCUACUUUGGACUGCAGUGCUGCCUUUAUCUGUUAUUUGACAAGUUAAUGAUUGCUUACCUAUCCUGACUGUUAGAAAUACAAACAAAUAUAGUGCAUAUUCUGACGUGAAUAUCUUCACCAUAAAAGCAGUCUGCUGUGGGUGUAAUUCUCCACAUUUUCUUUUUUAUUAUGUAAAUAACUAAAGCAAUGUGGUUAUGCUUAAAUCUCCUCUUGCUUUUUUUUUUCUUUUAGUUUCUAAAUAUGGCUUACAUAUAAAAUAUGCUGCUUAAGUAGACUUCAGUGUUUUAUUUGUCCCAGAUUUUAUUUUGUUUGUUGAUAGACAUGCUUAAGCAGCAUGUCUAACUGUCUUUUUUUUAUCUCUACAAGAUUUGGGCCUCUUUAGUUAGAAUUCAUUAUUAAGGCUAAGAAUAUUUUGCUAUUGGGAGUUUAACUGUAUCCUUAUUUAAAGGAGACUGAGUGUAGGUAAGAAUCUGUACCUACAGCCUACACCACAUUGCUUGCUCUUUCAAAGUACAUGUUUAUAGUACAGUUGGUUCCCUUUUCUUUGUUACAGUAUGAAUAUUCUUGCCUGUGUCAAUGGAGAUGUUGUUCUCUGUAAAGAACUCCUAAUUUCGUGCUAUCGAUAAAAUAUGGUUUGGUUUGUAUUUACACAGGAAAGACCAAAAUGUGUUGGUAUCAUGGUUAGGCUCCCCUGAAGCUUAGAGAAAGAUCUGUUGCACAGUCAAAAUCACUUUGGGGGUGGAUCAUUGAUUCCAUCAGGGCUUAUAGAGAGGUGCACCACUGGAGUAAAAAACUGUUUCUCUAACUUUGCCAUUCUUACAUGCUGUCAUGCAGUAUUUUAUGGGUGUUUAAAAACAAACAAACAAAAAAGAACUAAUUCUCUUUUCCUUUGGUAGGAUUUUAAGUAUUUCAGUUUUUGCAGCAUCAGAAAUGGUUUCACAGAUUAUGACUGUGCACAAGCGAUAGUUUGAGAAUCCCUGAGUUUAAAAGAUAACUGGAAAAAAUGAAUUUGUAAAAUAUCAACUACAUUACUAUCAAAUUGAAAGCGAAUCUGUUGGGUUUUAUCUUUAAAUAGAUUUUAGAAAUAUUUAAUCAUAUUUGAAAUCCUUUUUAUGGCUUUAUAUUGUGGGGGUUGAGGACUAAUUUAUUCUGAAAAAAAUGCAAAACAUUUGAACUGCCAGUCUUUAUUUCCCAUAUAUAUAAUUAGUUGGUCAGUCCAAUUGUUUAGUUUCUUCCUUAACGUAAGCACUGAAUAUCUGGUUCAGAUAAUUUCACAGCUUUUCUCUUAUGCCGCAUCAGAGGAAGUUCUGUCAGGUCAAAUUCACCUAAAAGCAAGGAUAUGUUCAACUCCCAUAUUCUGAUCAUAAAAGAAGAUUUAUUGAAACAUGCUGAGGUUUGCAUGAAGUAUCUAAAAAUAGUUAUUAUUUGUAUUUCUUUUAGUUAUCAUAUUAAUCACAUUUACAUUUAUUAAGUAAUCUUAAGGGAAUGUCUCAUAUAACUAAUUUCAUUGUAAUAUAGAAAUAUAUAUGAAUUAAAUAUAUUUUUAAAGGACUAGUAAUCAUAUAGGAAACAUCUUUAAAUGGGCUGGUAAUGAACAAUAGGGCUGAUAACAUGCAGCAUCCAUUUUAAAAGACUUUAUUAACGUAUGUAACUACUUAUGAUCUCAAAUGAUUUGCAUUUUGCCAGCAAUGCUGUAGUCCAGCCGGAAUCAUGAACCAGUACCACGGUAGUUCAGUGAGAGAGAUCUGCAUUUAUAUCUUCUGGAGCUGCUGAGAGUGGAAUGCAAAAGUCUGCAGAUUUUGCAGCUUUGGUUAUCUGAAACCUCAAAACUAAACAUCUUUCCUGAAAUUUGAUAAACAUCAAAAAUUGUUUUAAAUAUGUGAAACCUUGAUUAUCCUGUUAAAGUUGCGUUGUAUCUUUACGUUGAAAGUAUCUAUUUAGCUGCAGAAGUAUACAAGACCUAAAGGUUCAAAACUCAGGGUUAAUAUGAUGUUUCCUUACCUCUGUAAUUUCAGUAACAUACAACUCUUUCAGGCUGAGCUGUUUCCUGUACAUAUGCUUCCCACAUGUCUCUGAUGUUCAGAAACACUUCAGUUUGACUUGGAAUAACUUCCGUUGUCUAACUUGAAUAUUAUUUUCUUUCUCCUUGCAAACCAGAAUUGUUCUUAUUUUGCUUUUACAACAAUUUCUAAGUAUUUACUGAGUGAGAAAUCAUGAGAAUAUUUUUAAAUGAAUAGAAGCACACUCAAAUACCAUUAACAGCUAAACACACUUCUGUUUACUGGCUUGUAUGCACUUAAAGGCAGGAAUUCAGCACUGUCCUUUCAUCUGCCGUUAUUGCGGUUUAAUGGAAGAAGCUGAACUUUGAGCUUCCUUCAUGUUGGAGGUAGAAGUUAGGUUUUAUUUGUGCUGCUGUGACCUCCUAGGCAUCAGUGAAAAGCCAGAACUCAUCUUUUUGUAGUAAAACCUAGCAGCUACCUUGACUCUUCAGGGAUUUACCCAGUCCAUCGGGAAAGGGAAUGAGCAGCCUCAGAGGAAGCAACUCUUCUUCCUGAACUAUCUGACAAAUACAAUGGCAUUAUAUGGCAGUGUGGGUGGGAUGGGCGGCACUGUAUGUCACAGCAGGCAACUCUGCCACCUGUAUAUUGCAUCUGGGGAGGCAUUUGAUACCAUUGGAAAACCACAGUUCUUGAUGGAGAGCUAUGGACGUAAUUUUUGUUCUUGAGUGUUUUGAAAGUUCGUGGAAUGGUAGCCUCUCCUUGGCUUUCACACAUCUCCUGGCUGUCAGUGUUCCGUGCUCUCCCUACAAUGUGCUUGCUGGUCAAAGGCAAAAUUUAUUGUGGAGACCACAUUCAUGAAAAUGAGGAACUUGAGAUUCUCUGUUUCAGGGUUUUUUUUCUUCUUCUUUAAAGCCCUCACUCGCUCUCAUCCUUGCUUUCACAAUCUGCUGUUAAGUACUCUUCACUUGUGUUAUCAUCUGUCCAUCUGGAAUAUAUUUCACUCAGGGCAGGUCCUUUAUAUCGAGUGUAAAUUAUCAUUUCUCCAUUAAAGCCAGCAGAAAUGAAAUUUCAUUUUUGUCAUCUUUGAUACUCUUGUCCCCCUUCCUGUAUAGUGUUCUUUCUAACUAUGUUUCUUUGUAUAGGAUUUGGCUAGUUACCAUGAAUAUAUGCAACAAGAAAAAUUAGCAAAAUGGAAUAAUUUCUCCAUAUAUUAAAAAAUUGCUUUAAAUUUCUUUUUUGUCCUCCCCUAGAAAACUCUUACUGAUAUGGGUUUCACAUAUUCCGGAGCUUUUUAAUAUGCGCUAUAGAAUCUUCUCUUGGCACUUUUUUUCUCCCUCUUACUGAACAAAUCCUUCUAACUGUACAUUUGUUAGUCUAAUUGAAAUUGCUGAUAGCUAAUUCAUCAUUGCAGUGCUCUACAACAGUGUGGGCCGUCUGUCUGAAGAGUUCACCCCGCUCCCAAAUUUUCUCUGAGCUUUUUUCCUCUUUUUUAAGUCAGACUGUAAAACUGAUGAGACUGCCCAAAUGCGGUGUGAUGUGGAGCAGAAUUUGGUUUGCUGGUUUCCUAUUAAUGGCAGUCAUGUGUGAAAAGAUUUCUAAGCUUCUGAUAAAGUUUUUGAGCUGCUGAGCAAGAAGAAUCUGUGCAUGUUUAUUUUGACAUUAAGAGCCAUGAGAGUGAUCCAACAAGGUAUUUUUAUAUAGUUACUCUUCAGUAUAUAACCGUAGCCACACCUUAAGAGCUCAAGGAAAGUCCUGACUCUCUAGUCUAUGGGAAUAGGAGGGAUAGCUCGCACUUUCAAAAAUAAGUAUGUUGCAAUAUGUUGCAAGUAACACAUAAUUAACCUUUCUUGUCAUUCUGCCAGCUGAAGAGACAUUCAAGUUCAGCCAGUUCUCUAAUACAGUGCAAAUAGCCACUUUCAUGCAGUCCCUUGGUUUAAUGUUAGCUGUACUGUAGCUUUCCAUUAAAAGCAUACAAAAGCUGAAGAGGGCAUAAACAGCUAUAUGGUGUGAUUUUUGCCUUGCUGCUUUUCCAAACUUUAAUACCCUAUAUUUUUUAAUUAUUUUUAAGUGGUAAUGCAAUACUUUCCUUAGAAAAAAAAUAUGCAGUUAUACUCCAAAGAGAGCCAUUAAAUAAACAUUUGUAACGUGGUAAACUUUAGCAGACUUCCUAAGAAACAUAGUCUGGAAGAUGUCCCAAGCCUGUUAUCGUUUCUGUCCAAAUCUUUUGACAUGGCUUCCUCAACUGUUUUUCUUUUCUUUUUUUCUUUUUCUCUCUUUUUUUUCUCCAUUUUCAGUGCAGAUGUUUUCAUACAAAUCCUGCCAAAAUGAAGCUUUUCCUGCAAAAGGGUUUUGUGUGCCUUUUCUCUUUUAGAGCACCUGGUUUGGCUGGUGUAAAAGACAAAAAUACAGACCAGAUGGACUUGGGAUUGUCCCAGUCAAGCAACAUGUAAAUUCCUAAUUUAAGAAGAACCUUCCUACCCAUCCCUUUCUAAUAGCACGUUUCUUUCCCUUGCUGCUGCCUGGACUUUCUCCACAAGGCUAAUGACAUUUAAAAAUAUUGUGGCACCACACAGGUAAUGCUUUAAGGUUUGAAAUUAAUAUACCUUUCCCUCUCUGUUAUCAUUUCAGCUAUUCAGUGUAAUCAUUUAAGAAAGAAGUUCAUUGUCUUUUCUGUGCAGCAGGUCUUGAAAGAAAAAAGCGAUUUACUGGCAAAGACUGUUUUCAGUCUCAUAUUACUUUUAUUGGUACCCUUUGGUCUGCUAGCACUGACAACAGUGACUCUUCACAGUGAGCUCAUGUUGAUUAAUAUAGGGACUGUAGGACUCCCUGUUUUGUGACAGCACUACCGCUGAAUUGACACAGUGAAGUUAACAGUCCCUCCUUUUUUAACUUCUUUUUCUUAAUUCCUCAACUGUAAAAUGUAUAGAAGUAGGAAAUACGUACUUGGCAAAGAGUACUUAAUUUUGCUUUCCAUACUAAGUUUUCCAGGUCAAAGGAACUCAUCUGUUGCUCUGACCCAGUAUUGUCUGAAGUCAGGUAGUGUUGGCCAAAACAAGCUGUGGCUUGGGCUAAUUUGUAGCCACUUUUCUUUUAAGUACAGUAGGUGAAAUUCAGCAAUGCAUUUUCUUCCACCAACCAAUGAUGAGUAUUUAGCCCAAGCUGUAGUGAAACCUUUUGAGUGAGUCACCUGAGGAUUAUUUUAACCUGGCCAAGGAAAUUGGCACUGCAGAAGGAUAACUGAAGCUACUUCCAGUAAAAUUAAUAGCAGUAUGCUUGAGUAGCGACACUGCUGAGUGCCUUAAGGUAUGUUGUACCUUAGGGCAUCACAUUUUUCUUCUCAUUUCUCGGUUGAAAUGAUCUCACCCCAGGACAGGGAUGCAGAUGAGUAUCCUAACCAACUAUAAUUUCAAGUUCUAAUGGUUGCCCUCAAUAAUUGAGAGUACAGUCUCUCCCUGUUGUGGCUUAACCGGAGCUUGUUUCAGUUCAGGUGGCAUUUUUUUGACAUUCUCUGACAGUAUUUUCAGGUGCCCCAUAACUGUUUUCCUAAACUUCACAUAGAUCAUGUGUUUUUCUAUUCAAGCAGACCAGUGCUCCCUGGCAGUCGCAGCAUCUUGCAGGCACUUCCCUGGGCUUGGGGAUAAUAAGGGAGCUCUAAAAACAAAGGUGUUAUGUUUCCUGCCUGGCCUGGAGUACACGCCGUCUUUGCAUGGACUAUAGCUGUCUAAAUGGCUCUUUCCUACUGUUGUUUUUUGACUAGAUGUUUAUAUAGGACAUGGAUAUAAAACACAAUGGACUUUGCCUCUGGAAGUGCAAGUCACAUGCACACCCACACACAUUUCAUUUUAACAAAUAAUUUGAAAUAUUUAGCAUUUAAUAAAUUAUUUUAGUAAGCUAACAGGAAAAAGCAGUAGCAUACAUACAAUGUUACACUGCUGCUAAUCAAAAGCAUGAUUUUUUUAGAUUAUUCUUUGUAAUUUUUCUCCUCGCUGUUCUUGCACCGCUUGGCUGUGGAAUGGUGCUUCACUAGUCUUUGAGCCUCCAGAACUUCAGGAAACGGAACAUAUGUAACUACUUUAACAUUUUAGCACCAGGACAUUUGAUUUUGUAAGCUCUCUGCAGAAUGAUUCAUUGUUUGAUUUGCUAGUGAAAUGCUGUUAAUGCACUACACGAAUGAAAAAGGGGAGAGAGAGGUCCAGUUUCACGCUUACAGAGGUCGGUGGUGGUGGUUGCUCCGUGUGUGCCCUCUUCUAAGAAGCUUCAGUGGAUGCAUCGCUGUCAAGGCGAGGCAGCGUUGCAGGGGGCUGGUGGAUGCAUUUGAAAUGCAAGCUGGCUUCUCAUUUCUGGAACGAAUUUGCUUUCUAAAUCAGAACCAGUAUAGGCCUAACAGGAUGUGUGGAGAAAUGCUGCUAAAAUUGUUUCCACUUGGUGUCGGGAGGCCUGGAAGGAAGGCUGGGACAGCGGCGGUUCCAGGCUGGUUCGCUCCGAGUGCGUCUGAACUGUUGGUUUUUGACUGCUAAGAAAUUGGUGUCCUUUUCUUUCUUUUUUGGGGGGGAGUUUCUCCUCCCUUCCCACGAUCCUCAGUGCCUCACCAGUAGGGAGCAAUGGGGAUGAACAUCAGAGCGUGGAGGACGGUGGCCUUUUUUGCUAAGCAGUUUAAUUUUUAGUGACAGACGUCUUUCAAAUUAGCGUAAGAGAAGAGAAAAAUCAAUAAAGUAGGCAUGAGUUUGCUUGGCGAAGGGGUUGUCUUUAAAAGUCUUUAUUUUCAUCUAAUGUUUUGAAGUCUGACAUUUGUACAGUAAUACUGUAGGUGUUACCACUUCCUCAGGAACCUGUGACUCAGUGAAUGUAUAAAUGAAAUGACAUCACUGGCAACUUGCUUGAAUUGCCUGUUUCCUAAAUAGGGAUUGUUGGUUUUUCUUUUAAUACUUGCAUCAGUUUUUUCUUUCUCUCUCUCUCUCUUUUUUUUUUUUUUUUUUUUUUUUUUGAGGGGGGAUGGGAUGAGGUGUUUGAAUUAUCUAAGGCAGCCUUGCUAUUGUGGGUAGCCACACUGAAUGUGUUUUAUCCUUUUGAAUCGUUGAAAUCACCGUUGUUGAAGUUUACUUAAAACCGGAGAUCCACAUUUCUAUUCAAGCUAUUUAAGAAUGAAAUAAUUGUAACUAGCUAUUACCAGAGCAGCUAUUGUAGUGAGGCAUUCUUAAUUCACUGCUGAUAUGCUGAGGGAGGGGGAAGGGAAAAAAGGAAAAGGCCUGAGCAUAAGUUUCCGUUGUUAUUUUGGAAGUAAUGCAAACAAAAGAAAUAUGUUUUCCCACUACCGGGCAGAUACUUGAGCUUUAAACAGAUCUCCCUCAUUACUCCGAAUAGCGUGCAUUUGCAUGGCAGAAGACUCCUGGCAGAUUUCAGUGAUUCCUUUCCUCUAAGCGCUGUUCUUCCAACUGUAUCAGCUCUGAAUACAUGGCUGAAGUAGGUGGAUCCGGGGCAAGGUUUGCUCCUUUGCAGGGUGCCUGCGGCGUGCCGGAGCGCUGGCUGCAGCAGACAGGCACGGUGCAGGAGAGCCUUCAGCUGCCGCAUCUGCAGUGCUGCCGUGGGCAGAGCUCCCAGUGACGUCGCCGCAGGACUUGGCUGCUAAACUGCUAGGAGUAAUGUCAGGAAUUCUCGUCAUUCGACGAAUGUGAGAAGUCGGAUGUCUGUCUAGGUCUUUAUUCACAGUGCUGUGGGACAGACUAUAAAAGCGUUGCAUUUAUUUAUUGCUCUCGUACACAAAGAAUCACUGUCCUUUUGUUUGCACAGUAACAGCUGCGCGACUCUGCAGAGCUUCGUGCGGUCGAGACUUCAGCUGGGUCCUGCGGCCGUACUCCGCAGCAGCUCUCACCGAGCAGACAGGGCCCUCGUGUUGCACUUUAAGGGAAAACUCAAAGAAAGGCCGUGUAUUCAGGGAGGUGGUGUUUGUGACUGCCAUAAAUUAUGGUCUUUCUUCCAGUUAUGUUAGUCCGUGUCAAACUUUGGCACUAUUAAGAAUCAAGUAGUUAAAGGAACUUUUCAGAUGAGGCACUAAGGCAAAGUCCUAAAAAAGGUUCUGUAUCUCUUUUUAGGUUUUUAUUCUGUUUUUAAUAAUGUGGGUGGCCUGAUAAUUUCAGUUUUAUUAGUGUCAUCCUGCCCAUCUGAAGUUGCUGUUGCAUUUCCUUUGGAUCCUUUAUUUUCUAAAAGACCAUUAUGUGGGGGUCCCGCGUGCUGUUAAUGAAAAAUUCUUAAUAAACUCAAGUGCCACCAAUGGCUAGUAAAGCAGUAGUUGUAUAUUGUUGGUGGUGCUGUGUCUGGUAUCCUUUGAGAUCAUAGAUGGGACAAACGUAGUAACAUUACAAUAUUUUGGUCACACAGAUGGGAAAAAAUUUUUUUUUCCAUUUUAAUUAAACAAAAGGUACUGUACUAUGUUUCUUGUACUGUUCUGUUUCUUACAUGCUGAGUUAGGCGGUAUUUGUGAUUCUCUCUAGGGCAGUAGUUAGGAACGAGUGAGCUAUGCACGUUGUGCCCCAUGAACCCUGCAGGGCAGCAGCCGACAUGGGGAACGUAGCUGGCUCCUUCUUGCUAACAGUCUGAGACGCUCGUGUGACUCGCGCUCGCAAAAAUCCCAGGGGUAAGCCAGUUCAGUUUCUUGCUAACUGUGUUUUAUUGAAUAGGAAUUCAGUUGUCUUUAGCAGUCAAACAUUACAAGCUUAAAAUAGGCUUCUUUGUAACUGCUUGCUCAUACUUGACUUGCUCCCUGUUUCUCCCAUACAAGUGAUGUGUGUACAGAGUUUCUCUGUUGCUGGGGAUAUUCUAGCGGCACUGCCAGCAAUGAUGGCAUCUGUUACCUAAUUUAGCUUCCUGAUGUUCGUGUUUGGAAAUGUCGUUAAGAGAUCCUGAUAGAUAAUGUCACGAGUUGCAAUGCUUGAAAAUCAGCUAGGGGCAGAGAAUGAGGACGUACCUGUUGAUCCGAGAUACUCCGAAAGAACGUGAUGCAGAUGCCGGGGCAGGAGGAGGUCAGGACAUGCAGCACUGUACGUUGUUUCGGAAUAUGAUCAGAUUAUAGUUUUUAAAUUACUUUGUUGUUAUAAUUGUGAGUGACACUGGCUUACGUUCUGGUUACGUUCUGGCUUUGACAGUUUUGAGAUUAUUUUUUGUGAUUAAUGAUUAAAUACUGUGAUUUUUAAAAACAUCUUGUAUUUAAAGCAACUUUGUCAUCUCCAUAAUAAUCGUAGAUUUGGGAAGAUAGAGUGAGGCAGGAGACUUGAGCUGUGCUACUGACCUCCAGUGUCACCAAAGAAAGUCACAUCUCUGUCUCCCAUCCCAGACAUCCAAAGAAAGUCUGAGCUUUAUUUGGUUGAAUCUCUCUCUCUCGCUGUGUAAGUGCCUAGUACAGCAAGAGCAAUCAUGAGUGGGUCAGCUAGGCAAACAGGAGUAAUAGCAGAAGGAUUACAGAUGACACAGAUAUGUCUCACCUCUAACACUGCCUAUUAAUGUCUUUUAAUGUAAUCAGUUUGGUCAAGAUGUUCAGAAGUGGUGAGUGAAAUUCACUUGCCUCCAUUUUUGGAUGCCCGACUUCAGAUGCUCCAAGCUAGACUUCUUUGAUGAAGUCUUAAACUGCAUUUCAGGAUUCUAACAGGACUCUGAUUUAAAAUUUAAAGACAAUCUUAUAUUAAGCAUGUAUUUUAAAAAUUGUAUGUGUGUAAAAGAGGAUGAAAUAAAUAAAUCUACUGUUAACUUUUAA